AUGCACCCAGCAGCCGGCAGCUCCCCCACGGACGAGGAACCCCUGAUCGAGGAGCCCUUGGUGAGCAGAUACAACCAGCAAAAGCCAAGCGAUCGCUUACAUGGGGCCUACGUUAUUUUUUUCCUCCUGGGCAUCGGGUCCCUGCUGCCCUGGAAUUUUUUCAUCACGGCAAAGCACUACUGGAUGUACAAGCUGCAAAAUUGCUCGGAUCGGGCGGGUCCGGCAGGACAGUCAGCGUCCGAUCUGCGGGACUUUUUUGAGAGUUACAUCUCCAUCGCUUCGACUGUGCCCUCGGUGCUGUGCCUGAUCGGAAACUUCCUGCUCGUCAAUAAGGUGCCCGCCAGCGUCCGUAUCCUGUCCUCCCUCUUCGUCAUGCUGGGCGUCUUCCUGGUGAUCACGGUGCUGGUGAAGGUCGACACCUCUGCCUGGACCACCUGCUUCUUCGCCCUCACCAUCGCCUGCGUGGUCGUUGUCAGCAGCGCCUCGACCGUCUUCUCCAGCAGCAUCUUCGGCCUCAGCAGCCUUUUCCCCAUGAGGAACUUGCAGGCGCUGAUCUCGGGUCAGGCCAUGGGCGGCACGAUCAGCGCCGUCGCCUCCGUGAUAGACCUGGCGGCAAGCGCCCUGCCCUACUUCCUCACCGCCGACAUCUUCAUCGUCAUCUGCAUCAUGGUGUACCUCCUCCUUCCCCGGCUGGAGUACUCCAGGUAUUACAUCAGCAGCCAGGAGAGCCCGUCUCUGGCCACCAUACCACCCGACAGCUCCUUGGAGGAUGAAGCAGAGCCACGAGGCCCCACAAAUAACUCCUUCCUUGCAAAACCCACUGGCGUUCCCCCCCUCCGCCCCAUCCUGCAGAAGACUGCCCUCCUCGGCUUCUGCCUCUUCUACGUCUUCUUCAUCUCCAUCAUCAUCUUCCCUUCCCUCUCCUCGAACAUCGAGUCAGUCAGCAAGUCCUCGGGAAGCCUGUGGAGCACCAAGUACUUCGCGCCCCUCACCAGCUUCCUCCUGUACAACUUUGCCGACUGGUGCGGGAGGCAGGUCACCGCCUGGAUCCAGGUGCCCGGCCCCAAGAGCAAGCUGCUGCCCGCCCUCGUCCUCCUCAGGACCGUCUUCCUCCCUCUCUUCAUCCUCAGCAACUACCAACCCCGGGCUCACAUCCGGACGGUGGUCUUCAAGCAGGACGCCUACCCGGUGGUCUUCACGGCUCUGCUGGGGCUGAGCAACGGCUACCUGGGGACGUUGGUCAUCGUCUACGGCCCCAAGAUUGUGCCGAAAGAGCUGGCCGAGGCGGCGGGGGUGGUGAUGACGUUCUACCUCAUGCUGGGGCUGGCGGUGGGGUCCGCCUGCUCCGUUCUCCUCGUCCACCUCGUGUAG